AUGCUCAAAAGUCCUUUGCUCAACUGCGCUGGCUCCCCAAAAAGAAGGCCGACCAACAUCACCACCGGCGCAAUCUCUUCCGGCGACAUGGUGGCCAUCUCCACGAAAAAGCGCUACGGAAUCAUCACUGGCUUCGUGGCAUCGAUUAAAGAUAAUACCGUCGAAAUCACCUCUGAUCACACGCUGCCCAGGAAGGGGGAGGAGCGCUACUUUAUGGACCGCAUCGAGUCGUUGUCCACUCACUCGAUGCAAAUGGCUAACGUGGCCGGGUUUAUGCAGGAUGAGGCUUUGAGAAAUGACCUCCGGCGUUUCAUCAUCGAUCUCGACGUGCCGGAGGCCGGGAAAAUUACAAAGUCCGAUUUGGCAAGAAUCAAGCCCCUGCUCUCCAAGCUCAGCCGCGAACAGGCAAGGGCCGUUGUCAAGGCGCUGAUCUGCAAAAAUUAUACGCUGAUCGAGGGACUGCCCGGCGCUGGUAAAAGCACAACCCUGGCCGCCGUCGUCAAGUGCUUCUUGCUGUUCGGGAAGUCAGUCCUCGUCACGUCGCACACUCACUCGGCCGUCGACAACCUGUUCGAGAAAUUGCUUGAUGAUAUCCCUGCCGAUGACAUGCUCCGGAUUGGGAACGCGAAAUCGGUGAAGCUGAAGGUUUCUCAUCUCUGCAUCGAGGAGAAGCUGAAAUCCAUCACCACCGAGCGCUAUGAGGCGAUGAAGAAGAUGCUCACUUCCGUGAAAGUCGUCGGCGCAACGUGUCUAUCCGUGUGCUCACAUCCGCUGUUCUCCUUCCGGCGUUUUGACGUCUGCCUGGUGGAUGAAGCCUCGCUAGCCGUCGAAUCGUCAUUAUUAGCACCGCUUUCUGCGUGCUCCCGCUUCGUACUGGUCGGCGACGCCAAGCAGCUCGCCCCCUUGGUGCAAAGCCGCGACGCAAAGGAACUCGGCAUGGACGUAUCCCUAUUCGAGCGACUGCAGGUGCACAAGGAGUCCCAGGCCAGCCUCACUUCGCAGUAUCGCAUGAACAGCCGCAUUGCCGCGCUCGCCUCCAAACUGUUCUACGAUGGUCUGCUGAAAUGUGCGACCGACGAGGUGGCCAAUGGCCGCCUACAGAUCUCGGAAUACCACGGAAAUGCGUCUAUCUCCCUCGUUUUCUCGCCGCUCCUCGAGCAUUCUGUCGUGUUUGUCGACACCGAUUCGGCCGGAAAUGAUGAUGCAAAAAUGUCGAUGGAAGGCCGCGGAGCCACCAGCAACGUCUACGAAGCGGCGAUCAUCGGCGAGAUGUGCGGAAAAUUUCUGAAGUUUGGUGUCUGCGCUUCAGACAUUGGCGUGAUUUGCACAUAUCGGCGACAGGUCGAGGUCGUUCGCUCGCAGAUCGGCGAUUCCCGCAUCGAAGUGAACACGGUUGACCAAUUCCAAGGCCGCGACAAGUCGGUGAUCAUCUGGAGUCUCGUGUGGACGAGAGGCGAUUCGCGUUGCGAGCUGUUGAACGACCGGCGACGCAUCAACGUCGCGAUCACGCGCCCGAAGCAUAAAUUGAUCCUCAUCGGCUGUCGUCAGUCGAUGGCCGAAGUGUCUUCGACGAUGAAUGAGCUGCUGAACCUGAUCCCUCCCUCUGAUGUUCUCCGCCCCACUGAUUUA